AACCGUUAUUCCGUCUCGUCGCUUGUCGCCGUCGUUGCUGAUCACCACAACGGUUAUUUCUGAUCUAAUUUUUUUUUUUUGCAUUUUCGUUUUUACUAUUGGGUGGGCAGCUGGUGCUGGAUAGAUGCCCCGCCAUCGGGUCCUCCCAACCUAACACCAAAAGUUGUUCGACUGAGCCCGCCUUUCCUCUACUCUCCUCCGCGCCAACGACAACAACACCCCUCUGUGUUGUCGUCCGCUCCUGUUUAUACCCCCAAAUAUGGACUUUGCAACUGUCAGGGCCUUGCUGGCGGCCAGCUUGGACACAAACGCCGACAGCAGGCGACGUGCUGAGCUGCAGCUGAAGCAGGUCGAGGACCAUGCGGGUUUCUUGAUCUGCCUGCUUGAUGUCUUGGAAGCAGAGCAGGACGCCAGUGUCCGCCUUGCCACCGUCAUCUACAUCAAGAACCGAGUAAACCGUUCCUGGUACCAGGCCGAAGGCAUUCCCUCCGAAAGCUCAAUAGCCGAAGAUGAGAAAGUCCGAAUCCGAGACCGUCUGGUGCCCAUCUUGGCGUCAUCCGAGGGGCUCGUCCGCCAGCAGCUUAUUCCCGUUCUGCAGCGCAUCCUGCAGUGCGAUUUCCCCAGCCGGUGGCCGCGAUUCCUGGAAUUUACUCUGGAGCUGUUAAAUACCAACAACCCAAACUCUGCGCUGGCUGGUUUGCAGUGCCUUCUCGCCAUCUGUCGUGCUUUCCGAUACAAGUCCAACGAGAGCCAGGACCGACAGCACUUUGACAACAUUGUUGAAGCAAGUUUCCCGCGACUCUUGGCCAUCUGCAAUGAGCUGGUGAAUCAAGAAAGCGAUGAGGCUAGCGAGAUGCUGCAUUUGGCUCUCAAGGCAUACAAGCAUGCUACCUGGCUCGAGCUUUCACCGUACUUGCGACAGGACCAGGUCAACAUCGCUUGGUGCACCGUCUUCCUUCAAACCGUCUCAAAGGCUCUUCCCGCCGCUGUUGUGAUGAGCGAUGUUGCCGACCGAGAAAAACAUCACUGGUGGAAGGCCAAGAAGUGGGCCUACUUUAACCUCAACCGGCUCUUCAUUAGACAUGGAAAUCCUACGAGCCCAGGCAAACAAGACGGAGCUGUCCAGUUCGCGAAAAACUUCACCAACACCAUCGCUCCCGAAAUUCUGAAGCAUUAUCUACAGGAAAUCGAAAAAUGGGUGGCCAAAACCUCGUGGCUUAGCCGACCUUGUCUGUCAUAUAUCCUAGUGUUCCUCGACGAGUCGGUGCGGCCCAAGGAGAUGUGGGUGCACUUGAAGGCACACCUGACUAACCUCGUCACGCACUUUGUAUUCCCGGUUCUCUGCCUGUCGCCGGAAGACGUUGAACAAUUUGAAGAGGAGCCAGAGGAGUACCUUCACCGAAAAUUGAAUUACUUCGAGGAGGCGUCCGCACCUGAUGUUGCGGCGACAAAUUUCCUGGUCAACCUUACAAAGAACCGCCGAAAGGAAGUCUUUGAGAUCCUCAAAUUCGUCAACGCCGUCGUCAACGAGUACGAGCAAUCUGCUGAUGACAAGAAGAACCACAUUGCAAAGGAGGGUGCUCUCCGGAUGAUUGGAACCCUUGCUCCCGUCAUUCUCGGAAAGAAGAGCCCCAUUGCCGACCAGGUCGAGUACUUCCUCGUCCGAUACGUCUUCCCAGACUUCACCAGUCCCUUGGGCUAUCUCCGAGCCCGAGCUUGCGACACCAUCGAGAAGUUUGAACAGCUCAACUUCCAGGACCAGAACAACCUGCUCACCAUCUACCGCAACAUCCUGGACUGCAUGGCAGACCCGGCACUUCCCGUUCGUGUCACUGCCGCCCUUGCGCUGCAGCCAUUGAUUCGCCACGAAGUUAUCCGAACAAGCAUGCAGCAGAGCAUUCCCACCAUUAUGCAGCAGCUGCUGAAGCUGGCCAACGAAGCCGAUAUUGAUGCCCUGGCCAACGUCAUGGAAGACUUUGUUGAGGUAUUCGCUACCGAGCUCACUCCCUUUGCCGUCGCCCUGUGCGAACAACUUCGUGAUACCUAUCUUCGCAUUGUGCGAGAGCUGCUGGAGAAGGAGAGCAAGGCUGGGGACGAUGGCGAGCUGUACAAUGAUUAUGACGACAAGAGCAUAACAGCUCUUGGCGUGUUGCAGACCAUUGGGACGCUAAUCCUCACCCUGGAGAGCACCCCGGAUGUUCUUCUCCACAUUGAAGCGGUUCUCAUGCCAGUGAUUAGCAUCACGCUCGAGAACAAGCUGUACGAUCUCUACAACGAGGCAUUCGAAAUCAUCGAUAGCUGCACUUUUGCCGCCAAGGGCAUCUCCCCCAACAUGUGGCAGGCAUUUGAGCUGAUCCACACCACCUUCAAGGCCGGAGCCGAAUAUUACCUCGAGGAUAUGCUCCCUGCACUGGACAACUUUGUCCAGUACGGCGCACCUGCCUUGGUCCAGAAGCCGGAAUACGUCCAGGCCCUCUAUUCCAUGGUAGCUGAUAUGUUCAGUGAUACGGUUGAGGGAGGCGUUGAGCGAAUCUGCGCUUGCAAGUUGGCCGAGGCCAUGAUGCUCAGCCUCCGAGGCAGCAUUGACAGCUGUGUCGAAGGCUUCAUCAACAUGGCCAUGAACAUCCUGGCUGGCCAAGAGGUCAAGGUGAAGAGCUACAAGAUUCAUUUGAUGGAAAUGGUUAUCAACGCUGUGCACUACAACCCCAUACUCACCCUGCAGGUUCUGGAGACCAACGGCUGGACGAACAGGUUCUUCAGCCUCUGGUUUGGUAGCAUGUCAUCCUUCAGCAGGGUUCACGAUAAGAAGCUUUGCAUUGUGGCCAUUUCCGCCCUUCUCGGCCUCAACCACGAUCAGGUCCCUGCCAGCAUCUCUGUUGGAUGGCCACGGCUGCUCCAGGGCAUCACUGAACUCUUCCGAACAUUGCCUAGCGCUAUGAGGAAUCGAGAGGAUGCCCUCCGCGAUGAUUUCACUCUGGAUGCUGGCUAUGAUUAUGCUGACGAAGAUGAGUGGGACGAGAAGGAUGUGGCAUGGAAUGGAGACGAAGAGGCUGGCUCUGCUGGCGACGACGAGUCCCCUGAAACCAAGGAUGAAAGUGCUGCCUAUCUCGAAUUCCUUAACGAGGAGGCGCAAAAGUUUAGUCGCGUGAUUGAUGAUGAAGAGGAGGAGGAUCUCGGAGAAGACAGCGUGCUUCUUGAGUCGCCGCUGGACAAGAUCGAGCCAUACCAGCUCUUCAGAGCAACAUUGCUGAAGAUGCAACAAGACCAGCCCCAAUUCUACGCGAACCUCGCCAGCCACCUUUCCGCUGAAGAGCAAGGCCUCAUUCAGGACAUUAUUGUCAAAGCGGAAGAGGUAGCCCAGGCGCAGAUCCAAGCACAGCAGGCCGAGAUGAUUGCUCCGCACGCCGCUGCUAAUGGCGGCGCCAACUGAAAGCGGACGAUUUGUGAUUCAUAGGAUGGGAAACAUUGGAUGAAAGAACAUCUUGUAUGGAUGCUGCUUUGUGGGGACUCGUGCAAUUACAACCCAAGUGUCUCGGGCGAGCAAGCGUUGCUGUUUAUGAGGAGAUGAACUUGAUGAUAUUCCCCUGUCAUGAACCGAUACGAGAAGGGGAGAAGGUGGGGAAACAAAAAGAAGAAGAAGAAAAAAAAAAAGAAAAAAGAAGAAAAGAAUCUAGACAAUGCAAAAGCUGCUGAUGGAGAGGAUUUUUGAAGGCAGCGGAGGAAUGGAAGGACAACAGCCGAAAAGCCCCAGGCGUAAUGAAAGGUAAGUCUUGCAGAAGGAAGGCAACAUGGCUGCUGUCAUUUGAACAGUAGCGCAAGAGGAAAGAUUAUUUGGAUGGGGAAUUUAUUUUUAUUUAUCGUUUUUCUGUGUCUCGGGCGCAGGCUGGUGAUUUGCCAAUACGAAAGAGAACAUAGGCAUUGACAGAGGGUGUUGAUGUGCGGCUGAUUAUACAGAAGGAGGGCACCAUCAAGUAUGUAGUAGGUAGCUUACUCGGUAUUCCAGGUAAUACUGAGUACUAUUAGGUUAGUGCAAACACAUAGGUACACAGAUGUAUGU